AUGACUGACAACACGAACCCCGGAAACUUUGCCAACCGUCCCACUGAGGAAGUACGUGAGAUUGCGGCCAAAGGAGGCCACGCUAGCCACGGCGGCGGUAUCGAGGCCGAGAACCAGUCGUUCGGCACACAGUCUUCAGGCACUGAGAACACCAACCCGGGCAACUUUGCUAAUCGCCCUACCGAAGAAGUCCGUGAGAUCGCGGCCAAGGGUGGUCAUGCCAGCCACGGCGGCGGCAUCGAGGCCGAGAACCCGUCGUCCGGUACGCGAUCUUCGGGCACCGAGAACACUAACCCGGGCAACUUUGCCAACCGCCCUAAGGAAGAGGUUCAGGAGAUCGCGGCCAAGGGCGGCCACGCGAGCCACAGCGGCGGCUUCGCCAGCAUGGAUGCUGACAAGCAGCGCGAGAUCGCGUCCGAGGGAGGCAAGGCGUCGUCCGGCUCAUUCGAGGCCGGAUCCGAGAAGGCGCGGGAGGCUGGCCGCAAGGGCGGCCUUGCUGGAUCCAACUAA